AUGCCGCAAUCGCCGGACGAAAUCUACGAAGAAUUGUUUGAAGAUGUGCAGUUGGCAAAGGUUUUCAAUGAUUCGAAAACGUUCUGUGAUGUUAUAUCUUGGCGACUAACACCGAAGAAAAUUCUCGAAUGCUAUCGAAAAGAAAAAUCCAAACCAAACUUCGAUCUUCCGUCGUUUGUUUUCGAGCAUUUCGUUCCACCAAAUGCAACAACAGUUGAGAGUAAAGACUGCACGAUUGAAGAACAUUGCCGUCGUUUAUGGCCGUUGUUGACUCGAUCGCCGACGAAAGAAAAAUUCUCAUCUUUUAUUGACGUACCACAUCCAUUCGUAGUACCCGGUGGCCGUUUUCGAGAAUUUUAUUACUGGGACACAUAUUUUACGAUGUUGGGUUUAGUCCGAUCGAAUGAAAUCGAACUAGCAAACAACAUGUUGGAGAACUUUGCACAUCUUAUUCGUACCAUUGGACAUAUACCAAACGGAAAUCGAUAUUAUUAUCGAGGUCGAUCGCAGCCGCCUUAUUUUGUCCUAAUGACGGAAUUAUUGGGACAAACAGAAAAGUAUCGAAAGGAAUUAGCAAUGGAAUACCAGUUUUGGAUGGAAAAACGAAGUGUUGUACUUGCUAAUGGAACGGUUUUGAAUCGAUAUUUUGAUGAUUUAAACACUCGUCCAAGACCGGAAGCUUUUCGCGAAGAUACAGAAACCGCUCGGUGUGCACAAACAACGGAUAUUUAUGCCCAUUUACGAGCAGCUGCAGAAUCAGGUUGGGAUUUCAGUUCCCGAUGGAUGGACAAAGAAAACGAUUUAUCAACGCUGAGAACAGCUGAUAUUCUUCCUAUCGAUCUGAACUGCUUACUAUAUCAUUUGGAAGUAAUUUUAGGUAAAACCGAUCAGGCUGAGAGACGUCGACAGGCGAUUCAUCAAUACAUGUGGUCGGAUGACUUGAAGUUCUUUACUGAUUAUAAUUAUGUACGAAAAGAACGAACUAAUCGAUUGACAUUAGCUGGACUUUAUCCAUUAUGGUUACGUGUGGCAACAGCUGAACAGACUCAACAUGCGGCCGGACAAGUCGAAAAGUUAUUUUUAUUCGAUGGCGGUCUCGUAACCACAAUUUCGAAAGAAAGUACACAGCAAUGGGAUAGACCAAAUGGAUGGGCACCCAUGGAAUACAUUGGGUAUCGUGCGUUAUUGCAAACAUCUGGUUAUGAGAGUCUGGCUCGAACAGUUCGUCAACGAUGGAUGGCAUUGAACGAGCGUGUCUACAAAAGCACAGGUAAAAUGAUGGAAAAAUAUGAUGUAGUUGACAUUCAUAAACCAGCCGGAGGUGGUGAAUACGAAACACAAGAUGGUUUUGGAUGGACUAAUGGUGUAUAUUUAGAAAUGCUUUACGAUCAACAGAACGAGAUUUAA